AUGACCACACAGCGCUAUAAGGCCAGAAGGGCCGUCAUCAAGUGUUGGAAGGAGUUUCUUGGGACCCACGGCACUCGAUCCUGCAGUCUGUGGAGGACUGGGGUUUCAGCUGAGGAUAAGGAGCCAAAGCCUGCAGACCUCAUUGAAAUCUUCAGAGGUGGAUAUCAGCACUGGGCGAUUUAUGUUGGAGAUGGAAAUGUGAUUCAUCUGGUCCCACCCUCUGAGCACGCUGAUGUCGGGGUCAGCCGUGUGAAGUCAGUGCUGCACGACGAGGCCACAGUGAAGAAAGAACAACUGCAGGAUGUGGUUGGCAGCGAUAAAUACCGGAUCCACAAUCUUCUGGAUGAGCAACAUGAGCCACGUCCCAUUCAAGACAUUCUACUGGACGCAGACAGCCUCGUGGGGAAAACACGUCCAUACAAUCUGUUCACACACAACUGUGAGCACUUCGUUACGCUGUUGAGAUACGGAACGCCACAGUCCCAGCAGGUACCUCACAUACAGAAUUAA